GGCGGUGGAAUGGAUGGAGGACGGUUGCAGACAAUAAACGAGCUUUCGGCGGUCGUUUCCGCUCAUUUAAAAUCCGUUGUUGUGCCACGGAUUGAUAAGAGUGAAGACUCUGGAUUAAAGAUGAAUAAUACGGAUAGCAUGAAGACCCUUAUUAAUUCUCACGGUGCUAAAGGCAAAGAUGGAGAUGAAAAAGAUAUUACCUUGGCCACUGUUAUUACCAGUAUACCUCAGACCUCAACAGAGAAUUCAAUGUCCGUUCCAAAAAGCAAUACUUUGAGCUUGUCUAAACAUCUUUCCAGGGACAGUUCUGUAAAAGCCUUAAGUGGAGCCCAGCAGACUCUGUUUAUACAUACUGGUGCUCCUAAUGUUUCUAAUGCAAAACUUAUCUUGCCUACAGGAACUACUGUCAGUAGCCCAGUUCCACAGUUCACCUCAACAAAAUCUUCCAUUUUGAAGCAAGCUGACAUUCCUUUAAGUAUUUCUCAGUCUCUAUGUCAGUCAGUUGCAGUUUCUAGUUCUUCAUCUCAUUUUGUUCAAUCUGUUCAGGUUCCAGCUUUGUCUGGCUCUUCAAAUAAAGUUCAGACAAUAGCACCAUCCCCGGUUCUUUUACUAGUCCCCAAUUUAGUGCCUUUUCAGGGCCAGGUUAAUACAAAGUCUAAAAUGCUGAGUCCUUUGCCAAUAGUGGAAUCUAAGUCUGUACUGCGAUCAAAUACUGCUUCUACAAGCAAGUUGUAUUGUACAGAAAGUGAAAAAAUGAAAGAUAAUGGAGACCAAGUGAAUGAAAAAGCCGUUACUAAUGUCUGUCAAACAGAAAAUUUAAAUGACAUUGGCUUAAACUGGGACCCUCAAAAAGAAUUCAUGCAGUUUUUGUUAACAAAAGAAAAAGGUGAUGAUCAAGUCAUCCAGAUUGAUGAUGAUUCUGAAGUCCAAGCGAAUUUUGCGUUUGGAAGAAAAAGAAAACGAAAGAUGGAUAUUGUUCGGUUAGUGGAUUUCUCAGAACUAGAAAUUGCAAAGAAGCACCAGGCACCUAAAAAGACACCAGUUGCUACGGAUGGUUUGGAACCCAGCGAAGUAAAGAUGUCAGUUAUCAAACCAAAAUACUUGCCUGCAAAAAAAAACUUUGACCGGAGUGCUGGCGAUACAGGAUCAAACCUUCCCAAAGAAACCGUGGAAGCAAUUAAACAUUUAAUCUUCAGUGAUUAUAAACUACCAGUCAAAAACCUAGAAGCAGCUAGAUCAAGUGCACCAGCCACCACAUACAUCGAAGAAGGUUCACCAUUUGGCUCCACAGUUUUUCCACCAGGAAGUGCUAUGCAGAUAGAUGAUGUACAAACUGGAUCAGAAUCACCAUCAGAUGAUGAUAUUGAGACAGAACCAUCAUUUUACCCCUGUACAAAGUGCAAUGUGAACUUCAGAGAAAAAAAGCAUUUGCAGAGACACAUGAUGUACCAUUUAGAAGGACACAGUAAAACAAAUCUGCCAAGACCAUAUAUAUGUAAAGAAUGUGGAAUUGCUUUUCGUGACCGUGCACCACUGCAAAAGCAUAGGAGCCUUCAUCAAGAAAAAAGGGAAAGACUGAUGGAGGAGAUUCGUGAGCUCCGCACAUUUCAGGAUGAAGGGCGGGAUGCAAAAUUACAGUGCCCACAGUGUGUGUUUGGUACAAACUGUCCGAAAACAUUUGUGCAGCAUGCUAAGACACAUGAAAAGGACAAAAGAUACUACUGCUGUGACAAGUGUAACUUUAUGGCAGCAUCAGUGGAUGAAUUGGAAGGUCAUCAAAUUUAUAUUCAUGAUGCAGUUAUUAAUAAGUCGAACCAAAAACCUUUGAAAGGUGUAUCACUAGAAAACUUAUUAAGCCAUUGUAAAUCAGGAGGUGUAUAUGUGUGUAGGAAAUGUCCUUUUACCACACCAGCUAGGAGUAUUUUUAAGAAGCAUGUAAAAUACUUACAUCAGCGACUUUAUCACAUUCAGCACAAACAUGAUCGUGGAACAAAGAUGCCUGGCUUGAACUCAAAACCAUUCAAUGUGGUCAGUAGUAAUAAAGCUACAUUCCAGCAUUCAGACUACCCACAUAAAUUUACAGCAACAUCCUUUAUGAGGCACAAUAUAAAAAUGGCUUCAGAAGAAUCUGGUGCAUUGGGGAAUUCCUCCGAAUUAUACAGGAAAGUCUGUGAUGUUUCUACUACAGAGAAGACAUUUUAUACAGCAACAAAAAAGGUACACUAUUCAUCUGGUUCUACAGUAGAUUAUGAUAGUUCCCCAAAGAUGCUGAUGGGAUUAAAUACUGGAAGUGAGAAGGCUAACUUUCUACAACAAGGUCAUGGAGAGUUUGCCAUCAAAAGGAAUGAGACAGCUCUAUUGUCGAAAAAUGAUCCUCUUCACCGUCAGAUUCAUGUAAAAUCGGAAGAACAUUUAGGAAUAGAAAAAGACUUGUGCCCUAAAUCUAAUACAUUGAUACAAAAUAGACAUAAAGAUGCAGAAUAUACUUUAAACUUCCGUCAAUGUCUUGCAGAAGAAGUUUCAGGAGAAAUGGAAUAUGCAGAUCCUCGAGCUGUAUCAGUUAGAAAAUCUGUUAAGGAUGUCAUGCUUAGUGUGUCUGUUGCCAGUGAUCUUUUGGAUCAAUAUCCAAGUGUAUUUCACAAAGCACCUGUUGUGGUUUUAAAUAAACUUGAUCCAUGUGUAAAGAAGUUUCAAUACGAUGAGGAAGAAAACCCACUGGAAGAUGAUAGUGUUGAAAGUAUUAAUUGUAUAGGUGGGACUGGGACAAUUGCUGCAAAUGAUUUUGAUCUUGGUGAUGAACAAGACCAUUACUUUACAGAACACUUCACCAGUACUGAAGUACAGAUAGGUGAUGAAAAUGGCAUUGACGAUUAUGAUUUUGAUACAUAUGAUGAGAGUGAUGAAGACGAUGAUGAUGAUUAUGAUAAUUUUGACAAUAACGUUCAUGAUUAUGGCAACAGUGACUACAGUAACCAAAGACUUUACUCUAGACUAGAGUAUCAAGAUGCUGCACACAGUAAUUUUGGUCAUCAAAGCUUUCAAAUUAACAGUGACGGUAAAUGCAUAGAAGUUAUGGAUCCCGUUGUUUAUCAGCAAGAUGCUCCAUUAAAUAUAACCUAUAAUUGGACUGAUUUUCAUACUGAGAAGAGACCGUGCCCUUACUGCCCUGCUGUAUUUGACACUGGUGUUGGGUUGUCCAAUCACGUGCGAGGACAUCUUUAUAGAGUUGGCUUAACUUACGACGCACGUCACCUGGUUCCACCUGAACAAAUUGCUUCCAACGACAAAAGACGGCGAAUCAAAAAAAACAACGCACCUGUUCGGAGAAUAAAGAAAGAAGUAAAAUCAGGUUCAUCAACUGAGAAUACCUGUCCUUUAUGUGGAGGAUGGUUUGACACAAAGGUUGGACUGUCGAACCAUGUCCGUGGUCAUUUGAAGAGAUUGGGGAAAACGGAGUUGGAGGCACAUAAAUCCCCACUCAGCAUUUUGACUGAAUUGAUGCAAAAUGAAGCAGAAGCUGAAAACAUUGCAAAAUUGUUAAAUAGCAAACAAUUUAGAUAUAAACCAUUUGUGUCGCAAAAGUUUGCAACAAGUGAAGGUCUGUUCCUCGCACCAAAUGGCAUAACUAUUAAACUGCAGCAAAAUGAAAUGAAAGCAAAACCCUUUCCCUUACGGGAGUCAGGUUUGCACAGCUUCAGCACAGAUUUGGAAUCAAAAAGACCUGAUGGUGAGAGACAUGUCCAGACAAGUUCUCUGAUGCAACUUCUGAAGACUAAAUUUGGAGAUGAUGCAUCAUCACUAAUAAAAACUCAGCCUCGAAGAAGUUACGCUCAAACUGCAAAAAAACGGCUACCAAAUCAGAAGCGCCCCCUUCAUUCACAGCCAAAUAGUUCAUUUCUGCAACCUAGCACUUCGUCACAAUCAAUGACAAAUAUGGAUAUAGUCUAUCAAGCAGGACAUCCUGUAAAGUUGAGAACUUGUGUGCAUUGUCAUGCAACAUUUACAAGUGCAGUUAGCUUGGCAAACCAUCUCAGAGUCUAUGCAAGAAAAAAGCAGGCUGGGGAUCUGACUGGAACUCCUUUUGACUGCAAGCAAAAGAGGUCAAGAUCACGAUCAGGGAUCAAAAAGAAGUCUUCCCUAUUUGUUCCAUCUCUUGAUGAUGGUUAUGUACUCAAAUGCAGGUUCUGUGACCUGGUCUUCCGGGGUCCACUUUCUGUCCAAGAAGACUGGAUCAAGCACUUGCAGCGACAUGUUGUUAAUGCAAAUCUUCCCCGCACUGGUGCUGGAAUGGUAGAAGUCUUGCCGCCAUCAAAAGAAAGUUUCCCAGUAACUGAAUCAUCUUUCUCUCUGCUAAUGGCACAGGCAGCAUCAUAAAAUGUUCUGAAUUGCGAUGAAAUAAUCCGUUGUAACUUUGAUGUGCUGUUUUGCCACGAGCACCUAGUAAGGUACAUUCUGCCCUCUUAUUUCAAAGCUCCGUAGGUCAGUACAACAAUAUAAGCUAUGUAUAACCUUAAAAUUAAUUGAAAAGGCUUGGUUCUUUAAAAACUCAAGUAAUUAUGCAUAUAUCCAGAAUUGUAAGUCUGUAGAUCACCAGCAGUCAAUCAGCAUUAAGAGUUCUGUGUUUAAAUUUGUCAAAAGUUUGGUCAGAGCUAUAGAUACUAUCAAGAACAUAUUUUACAAUAGCUAAUGCUAGAAAUUAACAUAAGCAGCUAGUCCUAUGUUUUCGUAAUCAUUUCAAAUAGACAGUCCUUUUGCCUGAGGAACCUUAUGGCAGCAGGAAAUACAGUGUACAAUUUCCUGACACAUUUAUGAACACUAUUCUAACUUCCAAUUUAUUAAGGAAGUAACAUUCUUGUUUACAAACAUAACAAGUGUGGGGAGCUAAUUUUAGUUACAGAAGAGGUGAUUUGGCUGUAUAAUUUUGAAAAACCCAACAGUUGCCAAUAUUAAUUUGUACAGGUUCUUAAACGUAUUCUCUUAUUCUCUUAUUUGUCUCACAAUAUAUUCCAUUGUAAUACUGUACCUAUGAUUUUUUUAAAGAAAAGAACGGUGUUCAUUAUCCUCCCUUUUUCACAAUUUCUGGCAAACUUGCAAACUAUUUUCUAUUACAAAUACUUCUCCAACCAGGAGAGCAGAAUGGCCUGGCUGUGAACCUUUCAGCGGUCAGCAACAUUACUGCUCUGUGAUUAGUUCGCAGGAAGCAUGAUUCAAUGAGGGGUGCUAUACAUUUUCUGUUUUAGAAGAUCGUCUAUCAGAUAGAUUAUUUGGCAACUCUGGGACGCAAAUAUAUAAUCUCACUGAAAGUUGAGCACUCACCCAACCACUUAGGCUAACUGAUGGCUACUCCGAAGAUCUGGAGAAUUUAACACUGAUCAUAUUGUAGAGCUUGACUCAUUACAAUGUUCUUUAGAAAAACUCAGAAUGUAACCAGAUAUUAACAAUGCAUUUAAAUGCACGAUUCAAUCUUGAGUUUUGACAACUAGCUGUUUACUACUGGCCUAAAAAUUCCUCAGCACAUUAUAAAUAGCAAUAUUCUUCACAUAUUUUCUUAAUUUGUUUCUGAUUUUGUUUUUCCAUCAGUUUUCGUUGAAAUCCAAUCUGUAGAUGGCUACUUCAUAUGAAGAAAUUGCUAGUGAUUAUAGUUCUGCACAAAUUAACACGACUGUAGCAAAUUUUCUAGUAGCCAGCACCAGUUUUAAAUAUGGUAGUUUGUAGAUAGUUUACCAAGUCUAGUGAUUACUGUACUGCUGUACAUUUAACGUACUAAUUGUUUUAGAAUUGCCAUGUUCUUAGAAACAGACUUUUAAAUAUAAAUUAUGUUCCUCACAGAGGUCAAUAUUCAUCUUCCUGGGGACAAGUCAGCAAAUGUAUGUACUUGUCUCUUACUAGGUAUUGUGUGUACAGAAAUAUCAGGGUGCAUUGCUAUUGAGAUGGAUAUUAUUCAAUUUUAUAUUUGUAUUUUCUAAAAUAGGUUUAAAUAGUAUUUGAGCAGUUGAGUCAUUUGAAGAAAUAGGUUUACAGGUACUAAUUCAGUGUAGUUUUUGAUUUGCUACAAAUAAUUUCUCCCGCCUAACUUGUUUGCAUUUUUUUCCAAGCCCCUAUAUUUCAAUUGGAUAAUGUGAAAUUAUAUUUUUUCUGUACAAUUUUAUCUAAUUGUAAAUGAAAGCAUGUUCUUUACAUUUGAAAGGUCUAAGUACAGUUACCCUUUGGAGUUUCCUUGAAAUCUCACUACUGUAUCCUUUAGGCAUUUAAUGAAAUUGGUGAUACAUAGUGUAAGGUCCUUAAUUACACUAGUAAAUGAUAUCAAGUGCUCAGAAGUGAUUGUGCACGCUCAUAUUUGUAAGUAAACUGUGUAAACACUAUGUCAAAAUGUGCUAUUACUACAAGUCUACUUAUCUAGUGGCAGAAAUAAAAUGUACAGUCAUACAUUAAUGGUGUUUGAAAGUCUUGUGUCCUUAUUGUCCAACAGUUACAUAACCUUAAAGUAACUAUACAGUAUGUGAUUAUGGGCUAAAUGUACCUAUUAAUAGAGAAUCCCUUGGUAAAUGAGUUUACAA